UUGUUUCUCACUCCCAACCACUUUCCCUUUCUCUUUUCCAAGGCAAAUCAGAGAAACUCAAACCAUGGCCAGGCUCUUGAUCUUGAUCGCUCUCUGUGUCCUCCCGGCGCUCGUUAGCGCUCGCCCCGCAAGAAGCAGCUACUUGACUGUGAAGGGCCGCGUCUACUGCGAUACUUGCCUUGCUGGUUUCGAAACCAGCGCCACCACAUACAUCGCUGGUGCUCAGGUGAGGGUGCAAUGCCGUGAGAGGGAGAGUGGGCGGAUGACAUACAGCACUGAUGGGGUGACUGAUCAAAGCGGGACAUACUUGAUCCCGGCCUCUGACAACCACGAUAAUGAGAUCUGUGAGACAGUGCUCGUUAGCAGCCCCCAGAAAGACUGUGCGACUGUCAUGCCUGACCGGGAGCGUGCCCGUGUCUUCCUCAGCCGCAACAAUGGCAUUGUGUCUGACUUCCGGUAUGCCAACAACUUGGGCUUCCAAAAGAACACGCCGCUGGCUGGAUGCACCCAGGUGCUCCAGCAAUACCAUGAAUUUGAUAACUGAGAGAGUUUUCUGUAGUUUGAUUUAAUGACGAUGCUUCAGGUUCUUCUCAUUUUCUAUGGCUUUUGGAUAACUAUUGCCUAUUUUUACUUCACAUGUGCACUUCUUAUUUAAAUGCAAUACUUGAAUUUAUUGGACUUGUGUAAUAUCACUAGAGUCACCUGUUGUGACUUGUGCAAGGUAGCUUAUUAUUUCA